AUGAUACUCUGUUUGCUGGAAAUCAUUGGAUUUUCCAGCAGGAUUACACUCCAGUUCGCAAGGCCGGAUCAAUUCAGCAGUGCCUGCAAAAGAGUUUUUCCAGAGUUCAUCUCUGCCUCGGAUUGGUCUUCAGGAAGUCCUGAUCUCAACCCACUAGAUAUCGGCUUUGGUCCGAACUGGAGAGGAUGGCAUGCCACAGAGCACACCCUAACUUGGAAAGCCUCAAUCUCUGGUCCGAGCAGUUGA